CAUGACAGCGGGAAAAAAAACAAAACAAUCAAACCAAAACAUCAUAUGUUGUGCUGUUUGUGUUGAUUCAAUUUUGGACACCAUCGGUCACAAAACCAUCGACCCGGCAAUGGAAAACGCCUCCAAGGAGCAGCUUUGCGAGCUGAUGGACAAGCUGCUGAUUAGCUCGCUCGAGCUGAUCGAACGGGACGUCGAGCUAAGCCAGGACAUUGCGCGGCUCACAACCGAGGGCCAGAUGGAGCUGGCCCACACGCGCUUCACCAAGGGACCGAAUGCGGUCAGUGCGGUGCAGCUGCCGACCGAAGACUACAAACCGUUUCGGGCGCUGCACACGACGGUGAGCAAGGACGAGGGGACGGACGGCGAUACCGGAAGCAUCCUGCACCUUGCCCUCGCCAGCCAUCCGGUCGAUGGGGCAGCGGAGCGUAUCGAUCCGAGCAGCUGGUUCGGUAUUCUGCGUCCACCGUCGUUAAACACUGCCAGGGAGCGGUUUACUCGGUCGCUUGAUUCUAUUGUGGAGCGUGCGAAUGUACGCAUACAGCUGGGCAGCUACUUAAAGGUGUUUGAAAUGCUACACAAACGCAACACGGUGGAAUGUAAGUAGCAUUCAACACAGCCCCGAGUGAGAUGAGUGGUUAAGAUCAUGUGCGCGCGCGCCCGACAGGAUUACUUAGAUUUAAAUAAAAUAGAAUGAAUUUAAAUGCCAAUGGUAGGAAGGUUUGGCAGGAAUA